GAGCGCAAAGAGCUGAGCAAAGAAAAGAGAGAGAUGACGAAGGGCAGGAAAAUGUGAUAGAGCCGAGGGCAGAGCUGGAAACUUUUGAGAGGAUCAGUGGAGCCGAGGAGGAAGAGAGGACGGACAUAAAGAGGCAGCAGCUCGCCGCCGGGGGCUCACUGAUCGCCACAAACUACAGGAGGACCACCAUGGAGCUGCUGCUGACCCUCCUGCUCCUCUGCUCCGUCCACGCCGGCGUCCGGGCCUGUCCGGAUGAAUGUCAGUGUUCAAAAGGCAGAGUCUACUGCAGCGGCCUGCCGAUAUUCCCCUCCGCUGUGCCACCGUCCACCACCACCCUCUACCUUUCCCAGUGCAGCUUUGACUCCCUGAAGUCCGAGGACCUGACUGGUUUCUCCGACACCCUCAGCAUCUUUGCGAUUAAAGACAGCGCUUUGAGGGAAGUGCAUCCCGGCACGUUUGACUCCACUCCGUUAAUGGCCGCCUUGGCGUUUACCGGCACCGAAAUUCAAGAUCUCCCAGAGGCCCUGUUCCAGAAUGUCCAGAACCUUAGCUCUCUGUCCCUUACGAACAAUCGGCUCUCGGCGCUUCGUCCUCAGUGGUUUUCGGCGUUGGGGGCUCUGAGCAAGAUCGACCUCAGCAGGAACCACUUCACUUCCGUACCUGAGGAGACCUUUAACCCCCUCGCCCAGCUGCAGUUCAUUUCGCUUUCUGGAAACAACAUCAGUCAGCUACCUGGGGAGACAUUCAAGGGUCUUUUCGACAUGAGAAUCUUGCGUCUUAACAAAAACAUGCUGCAGGAGCUUCCCCUCGGUAUAUUCGACGACCUUGUGAACCUGGAGGAGGUUUCCCUGCAGGACAACCUGAUCGCCCACCUCCACAGCGACUUGUUCUCCAAAACUCUGAAGCUCAAGAAGCUGUUCCUCUCCCACAACAGGCUCACGACUCUCCCGCAGGGGAUCUUCUUGAACCUGCCCCUCCUCACCCAUAUGUCCCUGUACGAGAACCAGCUGGAGAGCCUGGGCCCGGGCCUGUUCGGACCCAUGGCGCUGCAGGAGCUGUGGCUGUAUGACAACAAGCUGAGUCGCGUGGAGGACGACACCUUCAGGAACCUGACUCAGCUGCGCCUCCUGGUGCUCAGUCGCAACCGGAUCAGCCACGUGUCCAGCGGUGCGUUCAGGGGCCUGGAGCAGGUGGGGGAGAUUUCGCUGCACACCAACCUGCUCACCACGCUGCAGGCCGGGACCUUCCAGGGGCUGCCCGGUCUGGUCAACAUCUCCUUGGAACACAACUUCCUCAGCUCCCUUCCUUCAGGUUUCCUGCAGGGUUUGACCCACCUGGGGCAGAUAGACCUGCAGAACAACUCCUUCCCCAACCUGCCGCAGGAGAGUCUGGACGCCCUCAGUGCAGCCGAUGAGAUUCUCCUGCAGCAGAACCCCUGGAGGUGCGACAAGGACAUUGUUCCUCUGAGGGACUGGCUGAAACGCCACCCGUCCAAGGUCAACCAAACCCUGGUGGUUUGUGAAAGUCCCUUCGCCCUGACCGGCGAGACGCUCACCGAGGUGACGGACGACAUCCUGAAGCUUCUCGCCCCCACGCAGGAACCUGUGUUGACCUCGACGGGGAAAAGGAGGAAACCCAACACGCCUCCGACCAAAAGAACCACAUCCUCGCCCGCCGUGAAGACCACCCCGACCUCGGAGCAGGAGGAGGUCACCAGCAGCGGACAGGACCAGAACACAACGGUUUCCAGAGACACGUCGAUGAUCCUGGUCGUCGUCGCCGUGGUUUGCCUCGCCAUCAUCAGCGCCGUCAUCAUCGGCUGCGUGUGCUGGAAGAGGAACAGGAGCGGGAAAGGAGAUAUCGGUCGCGGGAAUACGAACUCCGUGCUGUAGUCUGGACCACAAGCAACAUCAGCAGGCCGAGGGCUGUGGAAGCCAAGAGGAAACCGCUCGCUGAUCACCGCGGUUUGCUCGGAAAAUGUGGAGCUUAGAGUCGACGGUAGCAGAACGAUCCGCUGCGGCUCGGUUCAGGAGUAACAAGUAAACGGAUUUGCUUUUGACUUCAUUAGCUUUCAGUUUUGAUUAUCAACGAGCUAACUGUAAACACACAAACCUUACAAUCUCAUGGCAGAGCUGGACUUUUUGGUGAAUGUAAACUCGAGUGCACUGAAUCUGUGUGCUUUCUGUUUUUGUUUUUUUAGUGAAUUUAAAUCCGCAUUAAGCCUUUUUUUCUCCUGUUUCUCAGCAUUAAUUUGUGCAACGACUUUUGCGCUAACAACAAUGCAUUUAGCGAACAGUUUAACGUUUUCUUUUUUGGGCUACGAAAUCAAAGAUGUAAUCCGGCUAUAACACAGUUCAAUGCAAAAUGCUUCAAUGUGUUGAAUAAAUGCACAACUUUUAGUGA